AUGGAGGCCUGAUGUAGAUGGAAAGAUGGAUGAAGAAGAAGCUCUGAACUCUAUUAUGAAGGAUUUGGCAGCAUUGGGCAAGUGUGGGGGGCUGCUGGACAACAAUAGGAAUAAGAACAGCAUCCACUCCAGCAAACAGCAACGAAAUGUCAGGAUCAAGUUUGAAUAUGAAGGAGAGAAAAGGAUUAUCCAGUUUCCAAGACCAGUCAAGUUCAAAGAGGUGGUGCAGAAGGUCACGGAUGCCUUUGGACAGACGAUGGACUUAGUCUGUGUGAACAAUGAGCUCCCGAUCCCUUUGAAAUCCCAGGAAGACUUGGACAAAGCGAUGGAACAGUUGGAGCUGAGCCCUUCCCUGAAGAGCCUGCGAAUCCUUGUGAGUGCUCCAAAGAAAGCGAAUCUCCUCCAGCCGAACAACAGUAAACAGCAUGAGAUGAGGAUCUCCAGGUCCAUGGGUGAUAUCAUGGGGUCCCUGUACAAAGACUCUGAGAGGACAAGGAAGUAUUCAACAGGCUCUCUGCACACUGGCCGGAGCUCUCCACCCCCAGGGAGUGUCCCUGAAGAGCAGCAGCAGAUUGCUCGUCAAGGAUCCUACACCAGCAUCAACAGCGAGGGAGAGUUCAUCCCUGAGACCAUGGAUCAGAAUAUGCUUGAAGCUUUCAUCAGCCCUGAUGAGUCACUGUCUGGGAGCUGCCAGUCGCUGGACAGGUCUGUAGACAGCCCUCCCUUUACCCAAACCCCUGUUCCUGGAAGGAAGACCCAUCCCAAAGACAGUCUUGAUUGCAUGGAUUUUGACAUUCCAUUCUGUGAGAGGUUUGGGAAAGGGGGGACCUUCCCGAGGCAGUACCACCUCUCCCAGAGUCGCAAGGACUACAGUGAUGGCCGAAGGACUUUCCCUAGGAGUUACUUUCCACAGGAGAACUUGUUUCAGCUUGUCCCCUCUAGCAGAACCAAGAGUUUUAAUGGAGACAGCAAGCUCAGCACUUUGCAGUAUGAAGAGUACAGGCCCAAAUGGUGGAGCAAUUCUGAAAAAGGUCUGCAGGUCUUCAGCACCUCCCCUACAAAAGCUAGGAACUCCCUGCAGGCGCCUGUGAACUGGAGGCUGGGGAAGCUGCUUGGAAGAGGAGCUUUUGGGGAGGUUUAUCUCUGCUACGAUGCUGACACUGGCCGGGAGCUGUCCGUGAAGCAGGUGCCUUUUGACCCUGACAGUCAAGAGACAAGUAAAGAGGUGAAUGCCUUGGAAUGUGAGAUUCAGCUGUUGAAGACUCUUCGUCACGACAGGAUAGUGCAGUACUAUGGGUGCUUGCGGGAUCCUGAGGAGAAGAAGCUGUCUAUCUUUGUUGAAUACAUGCCAGGGGGCUCAAUAAAGGACCAGCUGAAAGCUUAUGGUGCUCUGACCGAGAACGUCACACGGAAGUACACCAGGCAGAUACUGCAGGGAGUCUUCUACUUACACAGCAAUAUGAUUGUCCACAGGGACAUUAAAGGUGCCAAUAUUUUGAGAGAUUCUGCUGGAAAUGUGAAACUUGGAGAUUUUGGGGCCAGCAAACGCAUUCAAACCAUCUGCAUGUCUGGGACUGGGAUUAAAUCUGUCACAGGAACACCGUACUGGAUGAGCCCAGAGGUCAUCAGUGGAGAGGGCUAUGGAAGGAAAGCUGAUGUGUGGAGCGUGGCCUGCACCGUGGUGGAGAUGUUAACAGAGAAGCCGCCGUGGGCAGAGUUUGAAGCCAUGGCAGCUAUCUUUAAAAUUGCCACCCAGCCGACCAACCCCCAGCUCCCUGACGGUGUCUCCAACUCCUGCCGCAACUUCCUCAAGCAGAUCUUCGUGGAGGAGAAGCGGAGGCCGACGGCCGAGGACCUGCUGAGGCAUCCCUUCGUCAACUGCGGGCUCUGA